AUGAUAUAUGCCUUAAUUACCUCCCUUGCUUCUCCUUCAUCAAUUUUUUUUUCUACGGUGUUUUUCUUACUUAAGCCCAACCGCAACUCUCUCUUGUCUGUGCUUAUUUUUUUUUUCUCGUUCCAUAUCUCUGGCCUCAUUAACUUAUCAAUUAUAGCCUCAACCCCGAGAGACGCACUUUCUUAUUUCUUUCUAUCUCUGAGAUCACCCGUUCCUUGCUUGCUCAUUUUUUUUGUUUUCAUUAUAUUUCCUCCAUUCUUUUCAACGCUUCCUCCGCUGCCUGAUAUUUUAGAACACCUACUCGAGACCAACUGGAUCUCUCUUUCACUAAGAACUCCUAUUCGAGACAGACUGGAUUCCUCUCUCACUAAGAACACCUACUCGACAGAUUUGAUUCCUCUCUCACUAAGAACUCCUACUCGAGACAGACUGGAUCCCUCUCUCACUAAGAACACCUUCUCGAGACUGACUGGAUCCCUCUCUUACAAAAACACCUACUCGAGACAGACUGGAUCCCUCUCUUACUAA